AACAAAUCUUUACCGAGGGACAUUUGUGAUCCAGGGCAGUUCUUGAGAGAGUUGUCUUUAGUUUUUGUCGGGUGUUGGAGAAUGAGGGCGAGAAUGCGGCGCACGUCGCAUCUCGGCGCCAUUUGCGUGGUCUUCUCCUGGUUUGGUUCAUCUGUGCAUUUGCUGAUCUUGGAAAAUGUUGCAGCCAACGAAACGGUGGGAGUGGAUCUGCAAGAGGACCCGGCUGCUGUCCUGAAUGAGCUGGAUCGGGAAAUAUUUCCGACCGAGACUCCAGAAUCCAGCAGGAAAGAGCAAAAUGUAGCUUUCUUGGAAGAAAGUAAAGUUAAGACAAAUGCAUUGGCAAUGGCACUGGCAUUGUCUUUCUUCUACUUCGAUCCCCGCGAAAGCCAUCGCUGGGUAUUCUAUUUUCAAUCACAUACAGAUUUAGAUAUCAUAUGUCGUAUUACCAUGGGGGCGUUGUAUUACAUCGGGGUCGGUAUAUCUCUUGAUUUAUGUGUACAUUUACAAGUGUCUUAGGCAACAUUUUUUACAAGUACAACAAGUAGCGCGAAAAAAGAGAAGCGACAGCAAUGCGUAAAUCUCUUGUCCUUUAAGAAGUGCGGUUUCCGUAUCCAAUGCCCUCCAGGACAGCCAUGCAACUGUAACUGCCAUUGCAACAAAGGAGCAGCACCACCACUUGCAGCCGCGGGUGCCGCUGCGGCGGCCGCACCACCUCCGCCGCCGCCGUCUCCACCUGUAGUGGUAAAAAUGUUUCAGUUUUUGACACAUGAUGCAGUUGCUAGUUAGUGACCUUUUUUGUUUGAUUGAAGAAAACUUCAAUCGUCGAUCAUUUUGUGUUGGUGGCACUGUAAUCUCUAGGUUCAUCUUCUACCUACGUUGGACAAUCUUGAAAAUAUAUAUUUAAAUUAAAAAUUACUUGUAUGCUCUCAACAUCAGGUCGCUCCCCCGCCACCUCCGCCACCGCCCCCGCCAGCCGCUCCGCCAGUAGCCCCGCCACCUCCACCACCUCCACUGCCGGCGCUCCCGCCCAUGCCUGAGGUCUCAGCCGACGACUUGCCGACACUAGCGCCACUACCGAUCGCGUUUUCGGGUAGUUUGCCGAUGUACGGCUCCAUGCCGAUGGCAGGCAGUGCUGGAUCUGCUAUUCCUGCGAUGCCUCCGGCAGCACUCCAGCAGUUGGGUCAGACAGUCAUAUCCAGGCAUCAGCAGGUGAGACCUUUCUCUUCGGAAAAGUCGGCCGCAACAAUGAACGCCGCGCAACCCCGCUUUCCGAAUGGGGGCUACCUGCAACAGCAAAUGCAACUCUCAGCCGCUCCGAUCCCAGGUGGACCGCAACAGGUACGUACCUUUCGUUUCCACGGAUACAAAAACAUAUCUUCAUUAAGUUUGGACAUUAUCAAGCAGAAUAAGUAAAUAGAUUUUUGGAAACAAAGCUGCACCUUUUUUGCUUGGUUUUUCUACCCGUACCCGCUAGCCUCGGUCUUUUCAUAUUCAUGUGCCUCGACCUCUCAACCACCAACAGAUCUACGGCAGCCAAGCACCUUUUUUGCGCCAAGCACCGAUAUCGUUCCAAGGGGGUCAAAUCAUGUUUCCGAAUGCCCAGCAGGCAAAUUUUUUUGGCUAUCAGGUACUCUGAUAAGUCUAACGAUGCGGAAAGUUUUUCGUCGGAGGAUUUAUCAGGAUCUACACAGCAACAAAUUUUUGCGCAUUUCCGAUUCACGUACGUUUGAUUUUGUAUCCAAGGAAAAGAAAAUUGAGUCAUCGAUCUUCAACAUUUAACCUCACGCAGUCAUCGCCGCAGAUGACGCAGCAGCAGUUGUGGCAACAGGAGGCUCUUCUGCAGCAAGAGGAACAGCGACUGUACAGCAACUGGUACGCGGGCCGGCAGCCGUUCCUUGCACGCAGACCACCACUCGACGCUUUUACGAACUACGCGGAGCAAGCAGCAUCCUACCCAAAUAUGCCCCCAAGAGCACAACUGAACACGCCGAUGUCGGCAGGCACGAGCCUUCUGGCCACGCGAACGAUUACAGGCGCAUCCACCAGUGUACAGAAAAUGAACUCAGGGCGCAGAGGACCGCGCGUCAAUGCGAAUCCGAUAUCGUUCCUGCAGACAACUGCGAGGGAGAGAUUCUGCUAUUGUCCAUGCAUGUUUGGUCGAAAUUCCGUCGGGGAAAACUGAAGUUCAUCGUUCAAAGUUGUGUGGGAUUGCUGUUCUAAAAUAAUAUGCAAAAGAGAAAUAGAAGAAAAAUACAAUAGGUGACUGAAGACAGAUCAUCACAUCAAUUCUCAACUUCUAGUGCUAGUCUAAGCCAUUCGUUUGUAGUCACUGUAAUCUUUGUAGUACCUCGAAGCAAUGGUUUCUGUACAGUAGACUGUGAAAAGCAAAGAACACUUCUUGUUUUUUCCUGCGCAUUGAGAUUGUCCUUUGUGUAUUUCAUGAAGAUGGUGGAUUGAUUUGUGGCUUCCGUGUGGCAGUAAAUGACUCUAAGUAUUGUGACGGCUGAGUCGUCGACAUAAGAUAUGCAAGAUUAGCCCUGGCCCUCCCUUUGCUUCUGAAGAUGUGUGAUGCAGCGCUGGAGCUGUAGCGAGGCG